GACCGCUUCAUCACAUAUCCUUCCUUGCUUCCUUUCUAAUUCCGCCUACUCUGACUCUUGCAGAGGCGAAAUCAUCCUUCAAAGCCUGCAUCAACGUCCGCCAUUCGUGUCCAUGCGUCAUCCUUUGAGGUCUGCGAUGGAGUGAUGUAAAAGUCUACCGUUGCCAAGAGCUGGAUUGCUAGAAGCAAGGAGGGACAGCAAGUAGUCACGGCACCAAGAUCGCGACUUGCGCUAACUUGCAGUCAUGGCCUCUGAUUACUGGCUAUCCUCCCAAUGCAACCACUGGCUCUUCUCCAGAUCGCAGCUCAUCACUGCCAGGGCUGAAGAUCUGCGUUACGCAGACUCGCCAGACGAUGUAGCUGCCAUAGGCAUUUGGACCUGCAAUGCAAUUGCAGCUCUGACCAAGCGGCUAUCGCAGCGACAGCGAGUCACUGCUACUGCUUGCAUCUUCUUCAGGCGCUUCUAUGCCAAGAUCGGCAACUCGUACUGCAGCACGGACCCUGCCAUGGUUGCCACAGCUUGCUUUUACAUCGCUGCCAAAAUCGAAGAGACGCCGGUGCACGUCAGGGUAGUGGCAUCGGAGGCAGCCAAGCUGUGGAGCGAGCUUGGUCAUCCGAGCUUCCCCUCCGACGUCUCUUCGCUUGGCCAGAUGGAAUUCUAUCUGCUGGAGGACCUAGACUUUCAUCUCAUUGUGCAUCAUCCUUACAGGGUGCUCCUCACAUUCUCCAACAAUGUGGGCAAAAUCGCACUCAGCAAGCUCGAUGAUGACUUUGGUGGAUCGAUAGGCAUGGAUCUGAACACGCACACAGCAGGAAAGGAGGGUCUUGGCCUUGGCUUGGGUAUGGAUGUGGAAUCUGAAGAUGCGCGAUUGGGUGAUGCGUUUGUGUUGAACGACACUUAUCGGACGGACAUUGGCUUGCUGUAUCCGCCCCACUUGAUCGCUAUCGCUGCUUUGUACCUCGGCUUCACCCUCCACCAGCCUUCCAGGGACAGUCUCGUGGCUUCCGCGGAGAAGAUGCGAGAACGUCGACGAAAAUGGGCGGCAGCUGCUGCUGCUCUCUCCCAUCCGUCCAAUCAGGAUAGCGGGUCGGUUGGAGGAAGCGAAUCUGCGGAGCAACACUCUGAUCUUCCGCCGCCCCCCGUUCCUCCUCCAGACGCCUUGUCAUUCUUUGCAGCUUUGAAUGUGGACUUUAGACUGGUGGCAGAGGUGGUGCAGCAUAUCCUCGCGGGCUACGAAGUCUGGCACAGGAUCGACCACGCUUCGACUGCUCGAACCGAACAAGCACCGCAGUCUCAUAUGGAUGGCUUGGAGGAUGGGAAGGAUAAAGGUGCGACGCAAACUUCGACGAGCAAUGGCAGCGGAACGAGCAGCAGCGUCCUUUCGGAUGGGCCGGCGAUGUUUGCCAAGUUGCACCGCAUGAGGGAGAGGAGAAGAUUGGAGCUUAAUCUAUUGAAUGAGCGAUGA